AUGGCUUUCAGCUUCGCAAAUGCCGCGGGAGCUGGGGGAGGCAUCGGUGCUGCGCAGAGGAAUGCCGGCCCUGAUCUAGAGGAGAUCCAGACAGAGCAACUGGGUUUCAUGGCACUGGCAGGCGAAAGCAAAGUGCGCCUCCUACCGACCCCUUGGCCUACAAAUGCGCUUCCCCCACCCACCUCGUCUCUGCUCAGCAUCGCGCAAACACGUGGACUCGUCGCCGCGGCCGGACCGGAUGCGCUCGUGAUAGCUGGCACAGAAACUGUUCGGAAGGCAUUUGGCGCAGAUGCGCCUGCAGAGAACAAUGUGAAACCCUUCAAGCCGGAGUUGACCGUACCGAAUCCGCGCAUAUCACAAGUGGCAUUCUCCUCCGAUGAGAACUUUCUCGUCAUCUCCGCGGAGAGCGGUGGCGGGCUUGCGAUCUAUGAGGUCGAGAAGCUAUUACAAGGCAACAAGGAGUCGUCAUUCCAGAUUGGUACCAAUGGAACCGCUGUUCGCGCGCUUGCGCCGAACCCUGCCCCGGAGAACGCGCAUUACAUGUCGAUCAUUCUGUCUAAUGGUCAAUUAUUGCUCGCCGAUCUUAAGGCGCGACAGCUGAUGAAGGGGCCGAACGGAGAGGUGCUCAAAACCGGCGUCAGCUGCGUAUCCUGGAGCAACAAAGGAAAACAACUUGUAGCGGGCCUGGGGGACGGCACUGCCUUUCAGAUGGACCCCCAAGGAGCUGGAAAGGCUGAGAUUCCUAGACCUCCGCAGAUUCAAGGCGAUCAGCAUGUUUCUUCAAUCACCUGGCUGGCGAACGACGACUUCAUCGUGGUGCACUAUCCCUCCUCCAUGUCCCAGGAUCAAACACCGGAACCGACAUUCCACCUUGUCCAUCGGGAGCCGAAAACGACAAACUACUCUUACUUCAAGUUGGUCGAUCCGUGUCCGCCUUUUGGCAUGGAGCGGUUACCGCCACACUACUUCAUCCAACGCUUACGGGAUUUCCCGCCCGCCCUCAACGACAUGCUGAUUGUAUCCAACACCGCUGCUGGCCAGAUCGGUCUCUUCACACGCUCAACAACCCCGUUGACCACUGAUGCGCCAGCGGACAAGAUCACGAACACCUACACCACUACCGGCAUUGCCAAUGACAACCGUCGCGCGGAGCUUCCAGUCAGUGACGAAAUGAUAGAUACUUCACCUAUCGGCAUGGCCUUGGACCUUUCCAGCAAGGAGAAGGUCCCACGGCCUAUCCCGAGCGAUGAAGAGAUUGACUACUCCCCGACACCUUUGCCUGCGCUUAUGGUACUUAAUCACGAGGGUGUUCUUUGCGCCUGGUGGGUACUAUACAACGACUCCAUACGGCAGAAAACGGGCUAUCCGGGCCUUGUUGCAGCCAGUGGAGGUCAACAGCCAGCAGCACAACCUCAGCCAACACCUUUCGCAAGCGCAGCGCCCACUCAGCAGCCGUCAGCUUUUGGGUCCACAUUCGCCAAACCUGCUGUUCCGGCUUUUGGCUCACCCGGCCUACCUGCGUCAAGCACGGGCAGCGCUUUCGGAGGGGCUUCAGCACUCGGCGGCAGCAAGUCGCCCUGGGCGCCUCAAGGUACAAGUACCACCACGCCACCAAUGGGCGGCUCUACGUUUGGCACACCGGCGUUCGGUGCACCGGCGUUUGGCAAGCCCGCCGCACCUGCGUUUGGAUCUACAACACCGUUUGGUUCCUCCGCCGGUGGCUUUGGUGCGGUGGGAGGCAUCGGACAGAAGAGCUCCCCUUGGGGCUCAUCUACGACGAGUGUCCAACAGCCCCAAAGCAAUGAGAAUGUCAAGCCGGCGCCGAAUCCGUUCAGCAGCGCACCUGCAUCUACACCUGAUUCUGGUUUUGCUAAGUUCAGCGGAGGCAAUACAGGUGCACUAGCGUCUCCAUUCUCUAGCUUUAGCGCUACAAACAACAACAACAAGCCAUCUGCGUCCCCCUUUGCAAGCUUCACACCGCAGAAACCGGGUCAGUCUGUAUUUGCUUCUACACCGUCAACCACGACACCCGGCGCAAGCUUCGGAGGCGGUUCCACCGUCGGUAGUGGACAGUCCAUAUUCGGUACGUCGGCGUUUGGCACUCCAUCGCAACCCACGACCUCGGUCUUCGGCAAGCCGUCCGUUCCCGCACAAACUCGGGAGUCUGAGAUGGGAGAUGCGGAUGAGCAGACCCCAAGCAUCCAGGCCCAAGAUCGUCCGGCCCAGCAGCCACAAACAGCCCCUGCCACGAAUGGCUUCAAGCUUGGAUCGACUUUCAAAGGUGACGGUACCGCAAAAGACGACCUACCGAAACCGGAUACCCCAAGUGGCAGUUCGUUCUUCGGCUCCGGAUUUGGCGGUGCGCUCAGCGAAAGUGCCAAGCCCGCAGUGCCAGCGACGCCCGUCAAGAAGGAGCCAGGGACAGACGAAGGUCCGAAGCUCCAGGAUAUCUCCACUACGCCCGACGCUGUACCGCGAUCUAUGUUUGGCCAGCCAUCGACUCAGCCUCCGCCCCAGCUCACGCCAGCCAAACUAGCUGAGACGCCGAAAGCUAAAGCGCCGUCUCCAGAGCCGCAAUCACCCGUCGCAGAACCAGAAGCCCCUAUGCCUCCAGAUCCGUCCCUUUUCAGAGCGAGGCAGAAAGAGUUGGAGCAGCAAACGGCGUCUAUACUGGGGCCAGCAAGGUCCAAAGAACCGGAGAAACAAUCGGCGCCUCUUUUCCAGUUCGCAGUACCGGAGGAGCCAGUAAAGCCAGCAGCGCCGUUAUUUGGCUUUCCCAAAGCCAAGGAGCCUCAGAAGGAAGAAGAUCUUCCACCGAUCGCUGGCAGUCCUCCGAUCAAAGUCGAGAAGCCCAGCUCCGAGUCUCCCUCGCCGUUACCUGAAAGUGUAGACAGUGAACUAGAGGAGGGCGAAGUUGAGGAAGCAGGUCAGGCAUUACCAGAAAGCGACGUAGAAGAAGACCAGGAGGAAGAAGGGGAAGAACAAGGAGUCCCUUCGCCACCGCCACCUGCCAUCCGCCAUACCCAACCCACUACAUGGAGUUUCCCACCGGCACAGGAGUCCAAAGCCCGCAGUCCUCCACACUCACCUGCCCGGCCCCCCGCCGCAGUUUCCAACACCCCUGCCGGCUUCCCUAAAGGCCCCACAUUCCAUCCUCCGACGAACCCCAAUAUCGACACCUCUCUCCGCUCGCCCAGCCCCAUCCGUUCAGCCUCAGCACCAGGUUUCCGUCCGGCUCGCCAGCCUCCUCUCACCGUCCCGGCAGCCAAGCCUAUCGCCCGCCAAGCGUCGCGGCCCUCAUCGCGCCUCGCUCAACCGCCGCAAGAACCCGAAUACACCCCCGAAGACCUCAGCGACGACGAAGACGCGCGCAUCCGCGAAGUCCUCGACUCCGACGUCCCGGCAACCACGACGCUCGAGCCUUUCAUCGCGCACCAAGACUACGCGGGCCGCGUCAGCAAGCCCGGCAUCCCCGGGCAGAUCGAGAAGGUCUACCGCGACAUCAACAGCAUGCUCGACACCUUGGGUCUAAACGCACGCUCCAUGAAGGCCUUCGUCAAGGGCCACAGGGAGCUGUACAAAGAGGAGGGCCGCAGCCGGGCGGACCUGGACCCCGACGACGACGAAGACGAGGAGUGGUGUCUCGUGGAGAUCGAGGACCUGAUGAACGUCGAGGAUGCGCUCGAGCAGCACCUCGACCAGGGCCGCGUCACCGAUGUGCGCGACAAGAAAGCCGAGAUCGCAAGGCUGGGGAAGGACCUCGUGCGCCUUAAGCAGCGCAGCACCGAUGUCAGGAAACAGGUCGACGCGCUCAGCGAUCCGGAGAAUGUCGCUGCGCAGCGCAGAAGGCCGCUCAGCGCCGAGCAGCAGGCGCAGCAGCAGACCCUGCGCGAGCGCUUCGCCGAGCUACUGAAGCGCCUCCGGGAGGCGGAGGAAGGCGUCACGCUGCUGCGCACCAAGCUAGCCUCGCUCCCCGGUGCGCGCUCCGCCAGGCCCGCCCCGACGGUCGAGGCGGUCACGAACACAAUAGCCAAGAUGACGGAUAUGAUCCAGCGCAAGAGCGCCGACCUCGAUGUCCUGGAGAUCCAGAUGCGGAAACUGGGGCUCGCUCCCAGCGGCAGUCUUGGAUCAUCGGUCUUGGGCCGAAGUCUUGUCAGCAACGGCACGCUUGACGGACGGAGGAGCAGAGACGCUGCCUUCUCGACGCCGCCGACGAGCAGCCGCGCGAGGCUUGCGGCGGAUGUGGAGAGUGCGGCUGCGACGCCUACGCCGGCUGCGAAGGCGGGGACAGGGAGGACGUAUGGGCUGUUCUAUACGCCGGAUACGAGUCCGACGCGUGAGGAGUUUGGGGCUUCGCCUGGCGAUGGUGUCGGUGGUGGGAAGGGAGCUGUGCAGGGCGUUAAGGGCGUCUCGGCGGAGGAGGUGCAGGCGUAUGCGGCGAAGAUUGCUGCGAGGAGGAAGCUGGUCGAGUGUGUGAGGAAGGAGAUUAGGGCGAGGGGCACCAGGGUCGUUGAGGGUUAG